AGUCGCUCUGUAAUCUUCAGCCGCCUCUAACUUUUCUCGCUUUUCCACAGGCUUAGAAACGCGUGCGCACGCGCACCUGCCCCGCUGCUCUCUACUGGCCGGCGGCCUCCUUCUUUCCUUUCACUUCUUUGCCGGCUUUCUCAGAGUCUGAGGAAAUAGAAUGGCUACUAACGAUCUGAAGAAAAAGACAGAAGACAAGGAAUGUACAAAAGAUGCCAGAGUUUGUGUCCCUAAUCCACACCUUAAGAAAAUGAAAGAUGACAUCUUAUAUCAUUUUGCCCUUGGGACUAGUACUCAUGAUUUUCCUGCCUUAUUUGGAGAUGUAAAGUUUGUAUGUGUUGGAGGAAGUCCUUCACGGAUGAAAACCUUUAUUACCUACAUUGCUGAACUGCUGGAUAUUGGUAACCCUGGUUAUGACUAUCCCAAUAUAUGUGCUGGAACAGAUCGGUAUGCAAUGUACAAAGCAGGACCUGUACUGUCAGUCAGUCAUGGAAUGGGAAUCCCUUCAAUUGCCAUUAUGUUGCAUGAACUCAUCAAGCUGCUGCAUCAUGCCAAAUGCUGCAAUGUAACCAUUAUCCGUAUUGGCACAUCUGGUGGAAUAGGUUUGACACCAGGCUCCGUGGUGAUCACAAAGCAAGCCGUAGAUGCUACCUUCAAGCCACAGUUUGAACAGAUUAUUUUGGGGAAGUCUGUCAUUCGUAGUACAUACUUAGAUGAAAAAUUAAAUGAAGACCUUAUGGAGUGUGCCAAGGAACUUGAUCAGUUCAACACAGUUAUUGGAAACACAUUGUGCACUCUGGAUUUCUAUGAAGGUCAAGCUCGCCUUGAUGGUGCCAUCUGCACAUAUACUGAAGAAGAGAAACUGCAAUAUUUGAAGGAAGCUCACAAAACUGGAGUAAGAAAUAUUGAGAUGGAAUCUUCUGUUUUUGCAGCUAUGUGCAAUCUUAGUGGCCUCAAAGGUGCUGUAGUAUGUGUAACAUUGCUGAACAGACUUGAAGGCGAUCAGAUCUCUACACCUCAUGAUGUUUUGAAGGAAUAUCAGACAAGACCACAGAAGCUGGUGGGACAGCUGAUUAAAAAACAUCUUGGGAAAAAGUGACUUUCUGUACUAUAUAUUUCUAGGAACUUUCCUUUUACUUGAAUUCUUGUUAAAAAUGUUUCAUUGGUAUCAUAACCUACAAUCCUAUGGACGCUUCUCCUUUAAAAAGAAUUGAACUAUUUUUGAAUUAUAUGUAUGUACUCAUGCUUGCAUGUACAUAUACAUGUACAUACCCUAAUUAACAGCAGUUUAUUAAUUUGUGUGUGUGUAUACACACACACAUACAUACACAUGUAUAUGUGCAUGUAUAUACAUACAGUUACAUACAGUGAUGUGUUCCUAGUGAUUUGGUGGCCUGUGUCGCUGGAAUAGGCAGCGACUCAGGCCUGCCACACCCCCGAACCAGUUCCUCAGUUGGCGCAACCAUCUUGUUUUUCAGUUCUGUGCAUGCUCAGAACAAUUGCACUGCUCAUGUGUGCUUAUCACACGCACAUAAAGCACGCACAUGAACAAACAGGCAUUAGUGCCACCUGGAACCUACCCCUGGAUACGUUUGUGUAUGUGUGUGUGUGUGUGUUCACCCACUCAUAUACACAUUGCUGUUAAGUAUAUUAAGUAUAUUAGAAAAUGUUUUAAUUGACUCUUAUUUUUUUCCAUGAUAAAAUCUAUUAUUAAGA